CGUCCCUGUUUCGCUAGUAUUCAAGUGCAACUCAAUGAGUGAGUUAAAACGUUGUCGCAUCAAAUACUGUCGCAAAUAAAGACGUCAGUAAAAUGCAGUACGACACGACGAAUAUUUUAGGAAGGGGUGGAUACGGUUUCGUGUUUCUUGGUACAUUCAAAGGCCAAAAAGUUGCAAUCAAACGGAUUCAGAAGAUUGGUGAACAAGUCAGCCCAGACAACGAGCUUAAAGCUCUUCAAGAAUUAGACCAUCCGAAUGUUGUCAAACUGCUUCAUUUCGAAAGCGAUGACAAUUUCAAAUAUUUUGUUUUGGAAUUUUGCGACGCAUCAUUGGAUAAGCUGUUCUUAAAACCAAACGAUCCAAAGAAUUACAAAGGACCUAUACCACUCCCUAUCGAAAUGUUCCUUCACUUAGCUGCAGGCCUUGCCUAUAUCCAUUCGCGCGAUUUUACUCACCGAGAUAUAAAACCGGCAAACAUUCUAAUUUCUGUCAAAAUGACUGACCAAGGCAAACAGGCAAGGAUGAAGUGGGGUGAUUUUGGAUUGUGCCGACCCGUGAAUGAACGAGGAACAUACACAAUGAGUGGAAUCAAAGGCACUCGAUAUUGGUUUGCGCCCGAGUUGUACGAAAUUCUGGAUAACAAUGUUUUGGACAGAAAACGUGGAACAGUCAAUAGCGAUGUCUUCGCAGAAGGGCUCGUCUUCGGUUACAUUCUAUUGAAUGGAAUACAUCUCUACGGUUCAGACGAAGAAGUUAUGACAAACAUCAAACAGAAUAAACCGAUUAAUAUGGAUAAAAUUCAUAGUUUCCAUUGGACACGUAGUUUGUUAACAAAAAUGUUGACCACUAAACCUGCUGAUAGAAUCGCUUCAGGAGAUAUCGUUACUGGACUUCAUUCUAUUCAAACGAAACUUGCCGAUGUAGAAAACAAAUUGCUUCAACUGUUGGCUGGCACGAGUUCAAAAUUCAAAUUUUGCGAAACGAUCAAUUCUUUAGGUCAGCGCAGUAUCGAUGUGACAUCAAAGGACGAAAAUGGAUGGAAUGCUCUACAUUUGGUAUGUGCAAUUAACUCAAACUCAAACUUACUUGAAGCAAUCGAUUUGUUGAUAAAACUCGGAAUCGAUACCAAUGCAACUGACAACCAAGGACUGAGCGCAUUACACGUUUUGUGCACAUACAAUUCCAGUCCUGAUUUAACUGAUGCAAUCGAAUUCUUAGUCAAAAUGGGAAUGGAUGUGAAUGCAAAAGAUAAAAACGGCAAUAACGUACUCCACACUUUGUGUGCAUACAAUUCAAGCUCACAGUUAAUAGACGCAAUCGGAAAGUUAAUCCAACUAAGAGUCAACGUCAACGCAAAGAGCACCAGCGGAUUAAAUGCACUCCACGCCUUGUGUGCAAAAAAUUCAAGCUCAUAUUUAGUUACCGCAAUCCAUGUUUUAAUCGAACGCGGAAUCGACGUGAACGCCAAGGACAAGGAUGGAUUUAACGUACUACAUGCUCUCUGCACAAACAAUUUAAGCUCACAUUUCAUUGGCGCAAUCACCAGUUUACUUAAUAGUGGACUAGAUGUGAAUACAACAGACAACGUCGGACAAAACGCACUCCAUUACUUGUGUGCGAAAAAUUCAAGCUUCUAUUUAAGUGACGCAAUCGAAUUCUUAAUCCAAAUCGGAAUGGAUGGGAACGCAAAAGAUAAAAACGGCUUAAACAUACUCCACACUUUAUGCGCAAACAAUUCAAGCUCUAAGUUAAUAGACGCAAUCGAUAAGUUAAUUCAACUCGGAACCGACGUGAACGCAAAGAGUGACGGCAGCAGAUUAAACGCACUCCAUUUCCUCUGCAGAAGCAAUUCAAGCGCAAAGUUAUCAGACGCAAUCGAAAAGUUGAUUAAAAACGGAAUCGACGUGAAUGCAAAGAGCGACAGCGGAUCCAACGCAAUCCAUUACCUUUGCACAAACAAUUCAUCCUCAAAUUUGAUUGGCGCAAUCACACGUUUACUUCAAUCAGGAGUCGAUGUGGAAACAACAGACAACGACGGACAAAACGCACUCCAUUAUUUGUGUGCGAAAAAUUCAAGCCCCUAUUUAACUGAUGCAAUCGAAUUCUUAAUCCAAAUCGGAAUGGAUGGCAACGCUAAAGAUAAAAACGGCAAUAACGUACUCCACGCUUUGUGUGCAAGCAAUUCAAGCGCAAAGUUAAUAGACGCUAUCGACAAGUUGAUCAAACUGGGAAUCGACAUGAACGUUAAGAGCGACAACGGAUUUAACGCACUCCAUUACCUAUGUGCGAAAAAUUCAUCCCAACAUUUAAUUAGCGCAAUCGAACGUUUACAUCAAGCAGGAAUUGAUGUGAAAGCAACAGACAACACGGGAUAUAACGCACUCCAUAUUCUGUGCGCAAGUAACUCAUCCACAAAUUUAACUGGCGCAAUGGAAAAAUUAAUCCAACUCGGAAUCGACGUGAAAGCAAAGAAUUACGACGGAUUAAACGCACUCCAUACUCUCUGCAAGGAAAAUUUAGGCCCACAUUUGAUUGAAGCCAUCAAACUGUUGAUCCACCUGGGAAUUGAUAUCCAUGCAAAGGACCAAGAUGGAUGGAAUGCGCUCCAUUUCCUGUGCAGAUUUAAUUCCAAUGAAUACCUACGCGUCGCGGUCAAAUUUUUAAUUGAACAGGGAAUUGAGAUUAAAUCCAACGGUUAUGACGCGCAGGUUCUCUUACGCGACUAUUACCAAAAGGACAACUUGGAGGAAAUCAUAAAACUAUUUUACAAGCCGGACCUUCUUUCAAAUAAUGCCGUAAAUGAACACGUCGAAAAAAUGCAGUACUACAUAAAGGAUUUUAUAAGAAACGGUGCAUCCGGGUUAGUAUUUCGGGGUGAAUUUAAAAACCGAAAGGUUGCAGUCAAACGGAUUCAGCUGAUUGGUGAACAAGUCAACCCAGUCGACAACGAGCUAACAGCUCUUCUAGAAUUAGACCAUCCAAAUGUUGUCAAACUCCUUCACUUCGAAAUCGAUGAUACCUUCAAGUAUUUAAUUUUGGAACUAUGCAACACAGCCCUGGAUCAGCUAUUUUCAAAAUCGGACGACCACAAGAAAUAUGAAGGACCUAUACCACUCCCUAUCGAAAUGUUUCUCCAUUUAGCUUCAGGCCUUGCCUAUAUCCAUUCGCGGAAUUUAACUCACCGAGAUAUUAAACCGGAAAACAUUCUGAUUUCUGUGAAAAUGACUGACCAAGGCGAACAUGCAACGAUGAAGUGGGGUGAUUUUGGAUCUUGCCGACCAGUGAACAAACGCGGAACAUUCGCAAUGAGUGGAUUCAGAGGAACUGAAUAUUGGUAUGCUCCUGAGCUGUACGAAAUUCUCUUAGACAAUACCCUGGAAGGAAAACGGGGUACAGUUAAAAGCGAUGUCUUUGCUGAGGGCCUCGUCUUCGGUUACAUUCUCUUGAAUGGAAUACAUCUCUACGGUUCAGACGAAGAAGUUAUGACAAACAUCAAACAGAAUAAACCGAUUAAUAUGGAGAAGAUUCAUAAUUUACACUGGGCACGUAGUUUGUUAACAAAAAUGUUGACCACUAAGCCUACUGAGAGGAUCGCAUCAGGAGAUGUCGUUACUGAACUUCAAAUCAUUCAAACGAAACUUGGAUGGAAUGCUCUACAUUGGGUGUGUACAAACAACUUAAACUUAAUAAAGGAACUUGAGUUGUUGAUAAAACGCGGAAUCAACACAAACGCAAAGAGCAACGAAGGACUGAGCGCAUUACACGUUUUGUGCACAUACAAUUUCAGUCCUUAUUUAACAGAUGCAAUCGAGUUCUUAAUCAAAAGUGGAAUGGAUGGAAACGCAAAAGACAACAACGGCAUGAACGUACUCCACACUUUGUGUGCAUUCAAUUCAAGUUCAAAUUUAAUGGACCAAAUCGAAAAAUUAAUCCAACUCGGAACUGACGUGAAAGCAAAGAGCGGUAAAUUCGGAGCAAACGCCCUCCAUCUCCUCUGUGCUUACAAUUCAUCAAAUUUAAUUGAUGGAAUCGAAAAGCUAAUCCAACUCGGAAUCGACGUAAACGCAAAGACCGACAACGGAGCAAACGCACUCCAUGUCCUGUGCGCAACAAAUUCAUCCACAAAUUUAACUGAUGGAAUCGAAAAGUUAAUCCAACUCGGAAUCGACCUGAACGCAAAGGAUGACCGCGGAUUGAACGCACUCCAUGUCCUGUGCGCAAAAAAUUCAUCCACAAAUUUAAUUGAAGCCAUCAAACUGCUUGUCCAUCUUGGAAUUGAUAGACAUGCAAAGGAAAAAAACGGAUGGAAUGCGCUCCAUAUUCUGUGCAGAUUUAAUUCCAGCGAAAAUCUAUUCGACGCGGUUAAAGUUUUAAUUCAACUAGGAAUUGAGAUUAAAUCAAACCGACUUGACGCACAAGUCCUCUUACGCGACACUUACAAAAACAACAAUUUUGGGGAAAUCCUAAAACCAUUUGACAAGACAGACUCUGCCAGUAGUUAAUCAACAAAAGCGAUGUUGAAAUCUAUAGCCGUGAACCUAGGUCCAGCGAAAUGUGACAACAUCCAAUGAAAGAUUUUAGUCACACUUGUUUGCUAUGGACCUUAUUAUAUGAACCUGAUAAACAAGUUAGUCAAAUACACCAUAUACUGGAAAUAGAAUUUCAAAUGACGCAUUCCCCACAGAUGACUUACGUGGGCCAUUAGAUAAUACUAAUCUAUAGGUGCAUGAUAGUAUUCUCCGGCCUCAAUUGUAACUUCGA